AUGCUUCGUUUCCGUGUCGAAGUGCUUGGUUGUGAUUGGGUAGACGAUGCAACAACGGAGCGAUGCAUAGAGGUACGGUUUUGUAGACGGGGCGCCCGUUGUCGAGUGAACAGUACGCCUACUGAAAUGGUUGUACGCAGUUCGCCUGAGACAGAGCACCUUUACAUUGUAGCUCUUCAUGAAGAAACUAUCAUCGGAAGCAGUGAUGCUGUUGAGAUUGGUGGCAUUACUCGUCGCGUCGGUGCGCGGAUGGUAGAGGUGAGGUCCACGGACGCGGGAGCGGCUCGUCUCUGUGUUGUGCAUAUCAUGUGGUCCAGUGAAGAAGAGGACUGGACUGUGUUUUUCCGUCAGGUGGAGGAUUACGAGAGAAAUAUUCAACCAAUUGCAGCGGGCACAUUGACCACGGAGGCACCUCAAAAUCCUCCCUAUGUUAAGCACGCUGUCCCACCCUUGACGGAAAAUAAUGCACAGUGGUGCGUUGGUAGCCCGCAGUAUGCUCCCAAAGGUAUGCUGAACUACUUCGUGACAUCAACACAGUCUGUUGAUGUACCAAACGCGUGGCGGAACUUGUACACGAGUCCGUGCCCACUUCUUGUUGUUCACAAGGAGCAACUAAGUAAAAUCAAUGAAACGCUCCCAGCGGGAUCUGCGGCAGAGUCACCAACUCAGCCUGUUUUGGACGGUUUUGGAUCCGACUCGGCUCUCGAAGACAUUUGCUUAAAUCCGACAAAACCAGUGGAUCUAACCGGAGAUUACCUUCGUAGAGAACGUUACCGUAGUAGAGUGAACGUGCCGUGGAGAAAAGGUAUUUCCACCGUGAAAGCAAACCCUUCACAUUCAACAAUUGGGUAA